AUGCAUGACCCCACUGGGGACGAGGUGCUGAGAAUAACGUUCAUCCCUGUAGACCUCGAGGCCGAGCGGUUCCUGGACCACAAACCCAUCGUGCUGCCGGAGAGGGACACCCGCUUGAUUGUACCCUGUCCCAACCAAGAGGCCACCAGCACCUAUGAGAAAAGCCUGCCGUCCUACGAGCAGAUCCAGAGGCAGGCGGUGGGCUUGGACCCUCUCCCACCCACGGCCCAGCCCAGACCCCGCAGCUGCUCCCAGUUGGCCGUGCAGGCGAAAGCAGAGGUCCACCAGGAGCUGGGGGGUGCUGGAGACCCCCCUCAAGAGCCGGCGCCUCGGCUGGAAACGGUGGCAGGCGGCUGCCCCCCCCGGCCGUCCCCGGGGGACGCGCCGCUGGCGUCCCUCCUGGAGGACAUGGACACGCCAUCGCUGGAGGGCUCCGUGCCCAGCAGCCCCGCACCACGGGGCCGACCACCGCCAUCCGCCGCCUGCUCUGGCUGUACCCUGACCAGCUCGCCAGCGGGGGGACAGCACCCCGGUUCCCCCCGCAAAGGCACCAGGGAGGAGGACGACCUCUAUUAUGGGCUCCAAGAGGGGCCAGAUGCUCUCCUGGAGGAUAGCGACUGCCUUUUUGAGCCUGAAAAUUGA